AUGCUCCUUCCACUUGUCCUCUACGCUGCGGCGGUCAGUUCCACAGACAUCUUCAACUAUGGCGCUUUUACCCAAACUGCAACGUACUCGAUUGCCAACCAGCUUGGUUUCUUCGCUGCCUAUGACUUGGAUGUUGUCUAUCACCAGGUUCCUAAUUCCACUGCUGCGUACGCCUCUGUUCUCAGCGGAGAGUAUGACCUACUCACUGGUACCAUUGACAACGCCGUGAACUUGCGAUUUAAUUCUGGGAAGAACCUCACAGUGUUGGGACAGUUCGACCAGGGCCCUGAUCUUGUUCUUGCGUCUAUCCCAACCAUCAGCAACAUCUCGCAGCUUGUAGGAAAGCCGCUCAUUGUGGAUUCUCCUGUCAGCGGUUAUGCUUAUCUUCUGCGCAAGAUUUUGAGCUCCUCUGGGCUCGCAAGCAGCGAAUACUUCUUCCAGACUGUAGGUGGGACCAAUCUCAGAUAUGCGGAUUUGAUCAGCGAGGGUUUGCCCAAUGGAUCUGCCGUCUAUGCAACCAUCGUCACGUAUCCUUUCACAGCCUAUGGAGAAGUCUUGCCAGUCCAUCAGCAACCAAAUAUCCUCGCUCGCGUCUCCUCAUUUGAGAAUCCUGUAUCUUCCUCCGCUUUUACUAUCGCACAGUCUGCGCUUGACGAUUAUGGACAGUCUGAUCUUCUGGUGCGCUUUAUUAGCGCCAUGUACGCUGCGAAUUUGUACUUGAACCAUCCCCGAAACCGAGAGUGCUCUACCAAGGCGAUCCAGAUUCAGCUCAAUAUCACAACUCCCACUGCUGCCCUCGAGUACCUCGCAGCCACCAACCUCACUUCUGGAGAGGUCAGUCCAGACAAGAAGUUUACGGUUAGUCAGGUGGGCUUGAAAAACAUCAUUGCCGUGAGAGAAGAAUUCGGUGGAUUCAGCGUGCCUUCGGAUUUUGACUUUGUUGCCGCUACGGCUCCUGGCCCUGGCAAGCUAAUUGACUAUUCAGUUCGAGACAAGGCCGUUUCGGGGUUGAAAAGAGAGCUUUUGUCUGCUGGGUGCUGA